AUGGUCCAAGUAACAGGCGAAGAGCGCGCUGUUCACCUGGCACGGGAGGCUGUCGAGUUGUUCGACGCCGGUCAUCGCGAGGCCGCAUCACGCAAUCUCCGAGAAGCUCUUUCCAUUGCCGCUGACAACCCCGACGUGAAAGCCGCCUUCCUCAAAAUCCAACAGGAAGAAGAAAAUGGCCACCAGCUACUAGAUCUUUGCCGACGCUACACUACACGAAAGGAUGAGGCUGCCGGGAAAGAGGCCAUAGCCUAUCUUGGCGUAGACGGUCUGAAGCCUCCGGAGAAUGUGGCGUUAGAAUCGCUAAAGCUCCUGCUGGGUGAAAAUGCCCAUGCCCUGUCCGAGAUACAGGACGAGAUCAUCUCAGGUCUGGUUCGACAAAGUGCCAGUGUCCGCCAGUACUUUUCCAACCAACUCCAGGUUUCCGUAACCGCCUUUUUUGACGAGAUCUACGACCGCGGCGAUGGAGCGGCGGUUUGUCUGGACACCGUGGUGUUGGAUCCCAGUCUCUGGCCUACAGAGGACAAGCGAUCUCACUGCGAGAACGAGCUAUUUCAGUUGUUCUUGGCGAAGUUGAUGGAGUCAGGCCACGACUUGGACGGUCGUUCUCUGAAGGGAAUUACAAGACUCUUGGCAGUCGAUGCGGAGCGCCUUCAACAUCUGAUCGAUCAUGAGGGAUUCGAAGUGAUUCUGUCGUCCCUCGACAACCGGCUGCCACUAGAAGUGCGCAGUCAAGCCACGUUGGCAACCGCCAAAUACCUGGAGGUCGCCAAGGAGACUGGCGCGAAACAAUUCUCUGGCUUGAUCGCAGCCAUGAUCGCCAAGGGUCGCCUGGACGAUUUCAUUCUUGCUUUUUCCGCUGUGGCGGCUGUCUUUCCCGUGGCACCCGCGGCUGCGGCCACUGUGUUCCUUUCCGAUGAAUUUAUGAACACGUUGACUCCGUUAGCGUCGCGGGAUGCGAAGCGCAAACGAGUGGAGGUUUCGAUCUUGGAGCUGCUCAAUGCAGCUUGCAUUAAUCGUCCCUGCCGCGAAGCAGUUGCCAAACACUUCUCCGAGUGGCUGUCGCACACCCUGACUAACGGCAGCGACGAGGGGUCUGAACUGGCGGCGGUGGUUUUGGCGAAGAUUCGAGCCUCUGAGCCUAAUACGGCCGAGAACGGUAAGGUCGAGGAUGCGGAUACCGGUGUCUCUGAGCUGGUUCAACGUUUCAAGGGACUGAUGUCUGAAUCCAAGGCUGAACACAUCUCCCACGCCAUCGAGGGACUGGCCUAUUCGUCGGUCAAGCCCGUUGUCAAGGACGAGCUGGCCAAGGACCCUACUUUUCUCCACGAACUGAUCACGGUCCUGAAGAAGCAUACCAUCACCGACUCCUCUGUGCUCUAUGGCGGCUUGAUGGUCAUUUUGAACCUCACCAAAUUCCUCCCCAACCUCUCGGAAGAGCAGAAGAAAAUGUCCCAGCUGAAGGACUACGCGGAUGCAUCGACUGGCAAGGCUAGGGCUGCCCCGGAUCCGCUAGAAGAGGAUGAGGUGGUGCUUGACCGGUGCGGGGUCGUCAUUGACGCGGGCGUCAUGUCCUUACUGGUGGAGUGUGGACGUGUUGCUAUGCCUUCCAUUCACGAUCUCACAGCCAAGAUUCUCCUCGCUCUGGCACGGCGAACAAAGUCACGAGGUACUCUGGCUCAGCAGGGUGCCGUCAAGUUGUUGCUCAGCCUGGCCGUCCCGAAACAGGGCAAUCCCAGUUUCGCCACGGAGACGACACAGAAUGCGUCCCACGCAUUGACUCGAAUCCUUAUCUCCGUCGACCCUUCACAUGUGUUCCCAUCCUCCGGCUUCCCCCAGGUCACGUCUGCUGUGCGGCCUUUGCUCUCUCUUCUGUCAACGCCUGAGUCGGCCCCCAUCUCGGUAGACCAGCCUCGUGACCUUCUCCCGGUGUUUGAAAGUUUACUUGCUCUGACAAACCUUGCUUCUUAUCCACACGACGAUACACCCGCCGAACUCAUGGUGCGGGAAGGCUGGCCCGCCGUGGAAGACCUCCUCUUGUCCAGUAACCCUCGCGUGCAGCGGGCAGCCUGCGAACUGGUCUGCAAUCUGAUGACCUGCGAGUCUGGCAUCGUCAAAUUUGCCGACGGCUCUAAGCGCGCGUCCCAACGCCUCCACAUCCUUCUGGCCCUUACCGACGCCGACGACUUCCCCACUCGACGAGCCGCUGGCGGCGCGAUUGCCAUGUUGACCGAGUAUGACGCGGCCGUUGCCGCAGUCUUGGAACGACCUCGUGGAGUGGAUCUCUUGCUAGGUUUGUGCCAGGAGGAGGACGACUCUCUCGUCCACCGAGGCGCGGUGUGCGUGCGCAACCUGACCUGCACGGCAUCAGGUGACAUCGGAGCUCGUGCAAAGGAAGCGGUUCGCGCUGCGAAUGGUAUCGACAUUCUGACGGCGUGUAUCAAGAAAACGUCGAACCAGGCUGUGUUACAGGCGGGCGUGGAGGCAUUGAAACCGCUGGUCCAGUGA